AUGAGAAACCAUACAGUCACAACCUUCAUCCUCCUGGGACUAACAGAUGAUGCACAAAUUCAGAGCCUACUCUUAAUUUUUCUGUUUCUUACCUACUUAUUGAGUAUCACUGGGAACCUGACCAUUAUCUCCCUUACGCUUAUACAUCCUCACCUUAAAACACCAAUGUACUUUUUCCUGCAGAAUUUCUCCUUCUUAGAAAUCUUAUUCACAUCCGCUUGCAUUCCUAGAUACUUGUAUAACCUAGCCACAGGUGACAAAACGAUUACCUAUAGUGCUUGUGCCACACAAGCCUUUUUUACCGAUCUUUUUGGGGUGACGGAAUUUUUUCUCCUGGCCACCAUGUCUUAUGACCGCUACAUGGCCAUCUGCAAUCCUCUGCAUUAUGCCACCAUCAUGAGCACCAGCGUCUGCAGAAGAUUCAUCCUUUGCUGUUGGGUAGCUGGCUUGCUAAUCAUUCUCCCACCAUUUGGCCUGAGCCAAAAUCUGGAAUUCUGUGAUUCGAAUGUCAUUGAUAGCUUUCUUUGUGAUGUGUCUCCCUUCCUGAAGAUUUCAUGCUCAGACACAUGGGUCAUCGAGCAGAUGGUUAUAGGCUGUGCCGUGUUGACCUUUAUCACAACACUUCUUUGUGUAGUUCUCUCUUACGUAUUUAUCAUCAAGACUAUCAUGAGAUUUCCUUCUUCCCAGCAAAGGAAGAAAGCUUUUUCUACCUGUUCUUCUCACAUGAUCGUGGUUUCUAUCACCUAUGGCAGCUGCAUCUUCAUCUAUGUCAAACCUUCUGCAAAGGAUUCAGUAGCAAUCAACAAGGGUGUAAUAGUGCUAACUACCUCCAUCGCUCCUCUGCUGAAUCCCUUCAUCUACACCUUGAGGAACAAGCAAGUAAAACAAGCCUUCCAGGACUCAGUCAAAAGAAUGGCCUCGUUGUCCAAGAAGUAA